ACGCGCCGUUCAUCGCUAACGAUAAUGAACAUAAACAAAGUUGGCGAUUCUACUAACUAACACUAGUGCGAUCGUGCGCGUAUAGUUUUUCGUUUCCCCACAGUUGGCAGCUCUGCUGCUGCACUGUAUUCGGGGAGUAGGAGUUAUUUGGGCGUUCAUCGGCGUGAAUGAAACGAUCAUCGUCAUUCAUUCAAUCAACAGUGUCUGCAGUUGGAGUGGCCGCGACAAGUGUGUCGGGAGUGCGUGGAAUCGAAUUUCACGGUGUUACAGCGGGUUUCAGUGCCUUAAUCAUGUCCUCGACAAUCGAGAAGAACGAAUACCCUAAGGCAUCAAAUGCCUUAGUGCUUGGAACCAUUCUUUCCUACGUGGCGUCGAUAUUCCUAAUGAUGAGCUUCUGUUCGCCUUACUGGAUCGAGUCUUAUGACGAGUCUUUCAGCAGUUUUAAAAAUAUGGGACUGUGGGAGUACUGUUUCAAGGACUUCAGCUAUCCGUACUAUCAGUUUCCAAAACUCUUCAACGGGUGCCAUCACAUCUUUAGUCAGGAAUACUACGUAAUUCGAGAAUAUUUACUCCCCGGCUGGCUGCUGGUGGUACAAGGUUUGGUUACUUUGUCGUUUCUUUUCACGUUCGGCUCACUGGUGAUUAUGGCUUGCGAAAUGGUUAGAUGGCCACUGAAGCUGGUUCUGCGCUACGAAUGGCUGCUGACCACAAUCUCCUUCGUAGGGAUUGCUUCCUCAUCCUUCUUCAUGUUUCUGGCGGUGGCCAUUUUCGGUGGCAACGCGUAUCGCCGCGACUGGCUAAUGUAUCCCAAAUUUAACGUCCUGUCGUGGUCCUACGCACUGGCCGUGGUAAGCUUCAUGAUUCUCGGACUGGCCGCACUGCUUCUGUACAAGGAAGCCAAAAAGUCGUACGAACUACGCCGCGAAGCGAAGAACCUAGUGAUGCAAAUGCAGAUGCAAGAGCCCGGCUAUCAUCCAUCGCAUCACACCAGCCGAAGCCUGCACAGCGGUGGGUACAUCUAAGCGAAGAACAUAUCGAGGAGCAGCAUGCAGUAGUAGUAACAGCAGGAUUCCAUUUAUAUUACGUUCAAACUUAAUGCUAACUUGUCGUGUUAGAUGUGCUUUUGGAUACGCGCACGUAUGCACACACGCACACUUACGCCAAUGUUGAGAAACAAAAAAAAAAAGAAUCAAAUUAGCAGCAGAAAUAAUACUGUCCGCCAGUCCCCUGUGCGACUUUUUAAAGCACAGCAAACACACAUCAAGAACGCCCCGGGGGACAUAAAACACAGCACUAAACGUGGCCUUACGAGCAUCAAACUCACGAAAGCGUACAUUUCUAUUCUACCAGGGGAUGUGUCAUUAAUGUUAUUUUAUUAGUAGUGUCUUCGUGGUGGCAAACGGAAUGUUUGUUGCGAUAAGUAACAGAAGAGCACACACAACAGAACCGAAACAAAUAUCAAGCAUUCCAAUUAGAUUAGCUCUAAUGAUUAGGUAAAGUUUCAGUUUCGCAUUUUAUUACCUGCUAAUUUUGGUCACCAAAAUAGAAAGAUAUCCUCUAGGUGACAUAAUUGCACAUUCACGCACAGUUGUUCAUUAUGUUGUUUACGAUGUCGGACGCUCCGUUCUAGUUCUGUGAAGUGUGGAUGAUAAUUUAGUUGAUAAUGAUAUAAAUUUAAGCUAGCAAACUAGCAGACGAAACAACUUUAGUAACCUUGAAUCUCGUACUAUCAAUUUUUUGCCGUCCAUUUUGAUUAAGUUUUCGAUAAAACUUAAAAACGAAAAAUGUUUCGUUUUCUUUUGUUCUAGUUUAUUUUUGUUUCUUUAGAUUCGUCGCCACAUUUGAUGGUAUUUUAUAAGAAUAUAUAGAGCAUAGCAAGGUAAAGAUUUACCAUUUUCUACGCGAAACUUUUUACACGUAUAUCAUAUAAUAUUCAGCUUACUAAGUACUGGUAAUAAAUGUUGUAGUAAAAGCAAA